AUGCUGAGGGGGAAGAUGGCUGCAGGUUUAGAAGCAGCAGGGAGCAUGGAUGACGAGGAGGUCCUGAAUCUGGAUGCUCGCGUUGCCAAGAACAGCAUCAUCUUCCAAAUGCUCCUCUUUAGCUUCGGAGUUCUACCAGGCAGCGUGGUUUUCGACGUGGUGCGCUUUGUGUUCACCGGAUCCGCUUCAGAGUUGUCGGUCGAGAUGGCUCUUACUAUCCUGCGAUAUGGUGGCCGGAAGUUGCGGUCAGAAUGCCCGGAGGACUUCCGAGAAGUCUUGAAGUUUGUCACGGCGGAGGCGAACACUGCCAGGGAGACCUCUGCUGAUGGUUCAGAGAUCAAGUCGCGCUUGGAUUACUUACUCCGAGAACUGGCCGAUCUCAAGAACAACAAGGUCUCCUUCUCUGUCAUGGACCGAUUCAAGCAAACGCACGGAUGGUUAUCAACAGCAGGAGUCCUGGGAGGCAAGAAGGUCGAGAACCAUUCUCUGUCAGUUCCUUUCCGUUUGCUGCAAGAGGAGGCCCCACCAAAUUGGCCACUGCAAGGAGGGUCAGCAACCAUCUUGGCCAAAUCCACGCGGACCAAGGCCUCCGACCCCUUGAGGGAAGCGGCAAUCACGCAACGUUUGACGUCCGAGCUGCGCCAGAAUCUCUUUGUUGCUCUGAUGGGAGCCGAGGACUUUCAGGAUGCAGCUGAGCGUCUGUCUCUGGCAGCCUCUGCAGCAAAGUCUGGCUGUGCUGAGUGCUGCAUCGUUCUCUUUCACUGCGCUGUUCGGGAGAAGGCGCCUAAUGCAUUCUACGGCCACGUUGCAAAUGCCCUGUGCAGCCUUCCGGCACCUGCUGGAAAGCGGUUUUCUCAUGGUAUGAAGAGAGCAGCGGUCCAGCACGUUCAGCAAGCACACACCUACGGAGUGCGUUCCGCAGUGUGCUUGGCAGAGUUAUGCGCAGCACUGAUGGCUUCUAGCAGCGUCAUGCUUCCAGUCGCAAUUAUUCGCUUCAUGCGGUUCGGUGGAGAGGAAGGCGGGAGUGGGAGCCAGGGCCUGCGGGGUGUUCUUGGGCUUCUGCUACGUCACAUGGUGGAGUCACUGCUCCAACAGGUGCCGGCAUCCCAGGUGUCGCAACUCUUCGCGGCGAUCCGAAAGUAUGAGGAUGUUCGGGAAGGGAUGCUGCUGAUUUUGGAUGGGCAUGUGCGUCCCAGGCUACCUCCGGAGGCACGGAAUCCAAUUGUUUGGGAAAAGUUCCGAGCAGCGCGAAAGGAGGUUGUUUCCCGAUCAUCCAUGGACCAGUGA